UGCCUCCUCGAGGGGCUCAGCCAAUCAAGCUGUAGCCUCACGGAUGUCGCGUGCCAGUGCGAGAGCGCCGUCCUGGCGAAUACCGCGUUGGACUGUUUGAUGGCCAACUGUACCAUGCAGGAGAGUCUCGAAGUAUCUCGUUACGAAGCUUCAGAAUGUAAUUACUCGCACACCUCCCGGUCGGAACAGGUCGUCGUAAUUAUGUCGGCACUCUGGUCCGUCUCCGCCCUCUUCGUCCUCCUGCGCGUCGUGUCCAAGACCAUGUCGAGGACGUUUCACACUGAGGACUAUAUAAUCAUCUCCGCGAUUGUGUUGGCCGCGGUGGUGUACGCCUUGGCCGGACUAGGUCUCGGCAGCCAUGUAUGGGAUCUCGCCGACGGGGCUUUACAACAGAUCCUGAGACUAUUCUACAUCUCCGAGAUCAUCUACGUCGCCGCACUGGCUUUGACCAAAACCUCCAUCAUCUCCAUGUACUUGCGCAUCUUCGACCCCCACAAACACUACCGGUUCGCCUGCCACGCCGCGCUGCUCUUCAUCCUCCUUCCCAGCAUGGCAGUCCUCCUGGCCACCAUCCUCUCGUGCCGGCCCAUCUCCUACUUCUGGGACCGGAACCCGCUUCAGGUUCCCCACGGGAAGUGCCUGAACGUUGUCGCUCUUGCGUACGCCAACUCCGGUCUCGCCGUUGCACAGGAUAUCAUCCUCAUCGUGCUCCCCGUGGGCAUGCUGUGGAGGCUCAACAUCUCGCGCAGGCGCAAGGUUCUCAUCGCGCUCAUCUUCGCCGUUGGCGGGCUGGGUCUCGUGGCCACCAUCAUCCGUCUGCGCACGCUGUACGUCUUCGGCAGCCUGAAGGAUCCUACGUGGGACUAUGUCCCCGUCGUCUACUGGACGACCGUGGAGCUUGCCGCAGGGAUUCUCUGCGCGUGUCUGCCCGCGCUGAGGAUCCUGGUGGAGAAGAUAUUU